AUGGCUACAGCAGGAUAUACUCGUCCACAAACUUAUUCAUCUAUUCGAGAUGAUGAUGAUGAUGCACUCGAUAUUCAAAUCGAUUCUGAUACAACACGAUCAACUGCUGGUGAAGGUGUAAAAAAACUUCAUGGUCAAGUACAAGAAGUUGUUGGUGUUAUGAAAAAAAAUAUUGAUAGAUUAUUAGAUCGUGAUGUUGCAUUAAAUAAUUUAAUGACACGUGCUGAUGAUCUUGAAACAUCAGCUUCGACAUAUAAUCAAACAACGAAAACAUUACGUCGAAAAUAUUGGUGGAAGAAUGCAAAAACAAAUGUGUGCAUUGCUGGAAUUGUCGUUGCAGUUAUUUUUAUUAUUAUUAUAAUAAUUGCAUUUAAUCGCCUUGGAAAGAAAUAA